AUGCAACCAGCAAGUUCACCUUCACUAUCCCGAAUGCUGGGUCUCCUAGUCCUCCUCGCGUCCUGGGUCCAGCUCGGCCUAGCGCAGACCUACCACCUCAGGAAAGACAUCCGCGGUGAAGGAUUCUAUCGAGAAUUCGUCUGGGAGGAUAUCAACGACCCAACUCACGGUCGAGUAAACUACGUCGACCAACAGACAUCGAGAGCGCAGAACCUCACAUACGCAACUCCGGACUCGUUUAUCCUUCGUGCAGAUUCCACCAACGUGGUAUGGGGCGGCAGAGGCAGGAACUCUGUUCGGAUCAGGUCCAGAGAAAUGUUUUCGAACCAUGUUUCGAUAUACGAUAUCCGACAUAUGCCUGAAGGCUGCGGGACGUGGCCGGCUGUGUGGACUGUAGGAGACAACUGGCCCCACGGGGGAGAAAUUGACAUCCUCGAAGGCGUCAAUGACGAGGGUCCCAAUGCAGCGACGCUCCACACGAGCCGAGGCUGCACGAUGCCACAAGGUGACAGCGGCCAUCGAGGACUACGCGUUCUGAACAAUUGCGAUGCAACUGUCAACGGCAACACUGGGUGCCCCGUCGACUUUACCGGACAAAACAGUUACGGACCAGCGUUCAAUCGUGCGGGUGGAGGGUGGUACGUCCUCGAGCGUACCAGCUCCGCCAUCAAGAUUUGGUUCUGGUCGCGAAACGACCCCAAUGUUCCUUGGGAAGUCAAGACCCCUAGACAGACCGUUACCACAGCAAACUGGGGAGCUCCAACCGCGUUCUUCCCCGACUGGAGCUGCAACAUGAACCAGUUCUUCGGACCACAUUGGAUUGUGAUUAACCUGACGUUCUGUGGUGACUGGGCCGGAAACGUCUACCACCAGAGCAACUGCCCUUCCAACUGCAUCGAUUUCGUGGACAACAAUCCUUGGGCAUUCCAAGACGCGUACUUCGAUAUCGCGAACAUCCGGGUGUACACUUGA